ACCAGCUGUUCGAUUUGUUAAUUCGGAAGACCAUUUUCAAGUUUAUGAGUUUCAGGAUGCUAAGCUUCAAUUUAAUCGUGGCAGUUUGCGAGAAUUUCGGGAUCGGCAUCAAUGGCAAUCUCCCGUGGCGCAUUAGAUCCGAGCUGAAGUACUUCAGCCGCACCACCAAGCGAACCAGCGAUCCUAGCAAGCACAAUGCAGUUGUGAUGGGCAGGAAAACCUACUUCGGAGUGCCGGAAAACAAGAGACCUCUUCCCGAUCGGCUGAACAUAGUGCUGAGCACCACACUCCAGGAAAACGAAUUGCCCAAAGGAGUACUGUUGUGUCGCAAUCUCGAGGCGGCCAUGAAAGCGCUCGAGGGCAAGAACGAGGUGGAGAACAUUUGGAUUGUGGGCGGUAGUGGCGUCUACGAGGAAGCCAUGGCCUCGACAAGAUGUCACCGGCUGUACAUCACCAAAAUCCACCAGAAGUUCGAAUGCGACACCUUCUUUCCCGCGAUCCCGGACAGCUUCCGUGAGGUUGCGCCCGAUUUGGACACGCCAAUCGGUCUCCAGGAGGAGAAUGGCAUCAAAUUCGAGUACAAGGUCUUGGAGAAACAGUGAAAAUAAAAUAAUCAACUAAUUUA